AUCAAAUUUCUCUUCUGCCUCUGCUUCUGACAUGUACAAAGAUGCUAGCUCGAGUUCCAUGGACACACCAGAGCCACUGCCCCCACCACUAUCACAAGGACUCUGCACUUUGCCAUCAACUCCAUUCAUCUUCCAUGACCAACAAGCCGGCGACGAGCCAGCGGCCGCAUUUGCUGAUUGGAACUCCACCCUCUUCGGCCAGCCUGAUCAGGUUCCCGUGAACUGUGCCGGCAACGGUGGGCCUAUCCUUCCGGGAAGCUUCGACUGCAGCGGCGGCAUCCAAGCUGGAGAGGAUUUGGUGCAUGAAGAUAGGAACAAGGAGAAAGGUAGCAAGGGCAGUGGUGGUAGGACAAAGAAGGCCUAUAGACCAAGGUUUGCAUUCCAGACCAGAAGUGCUAAUGAUAUCUUGGAUGAUGGUUAUAGGUGGAGAAAGUAUGGGCAGAAAGCUGUAAAGAACAGCUCACACCCGAGGAGCUAUUACCGCUGCGUGCAUCACACAUGCAACGUGAAGAAGCAAGUUCAGCGCCUCACGAGGGACACCAGCAUCGUCGUCACGACGUAUGAAGGAGUUCACAACCACCCCUCCGAGCAACUCAUGGAGACCCUCAACCCCCUUCUCAAGCAAAUGCAAUUGCUCUCAAGGUUUUAUGCUUGAAAGUAGUUCAGUAAAUGUAUAUGUGUGUGUGUGUGUUGCGUGCGUGCGUGCCUGUGCGUGCAUGUAAGCGUGCACCCUCCAGCUAAAGCAUCUGCUGUGAACGUCCGUUGAUGAAUCGCAGCAGAGCUGUGGUGGCACCGUUCAAGACAACGGUGACGAACGUUCACGGAAAACACAAAAAAAAAAAGUUGUUGAUAAUUCGGAAAAGA